GGCAGGGACCCUUUGGUAGAACCCCUGGCAGCUCCUGGGAAGCUGGGGAGUCUGGAGUUGUUAGAAUAGGGGUGGAGUGAGUCUCAAUCUUUUGGGGCUCUUCCCCAAUUGGGCAUGACGUAGGCUUCUAAUCCUUCUCUUAGGCCUCCACAGCUAAAGAGACAAUUAAGCUAAUGCUCUCCACAAACACAGGCUGCCUCCCUGACUCAAUGCUGGGGGCAGGAGUUGGGGGUUCUUAAGGCUAAAGGAAGGUUGGUCUGGUCCCAAGCUGAACCCCAGGCUCUGUUUCUCAGGCCCAGGAAUGAUGAGCACAGCUGAGGGAGGAGGACUAAUUACUGAGUGUGCACUCUGAAUGGGUUCCAAUAAAAGCUGUUUCUCGGCCUCAUAUAAAUAUUUUCAUUCUGGGAGGGGCUGGUGAGGUAGCCAGAGUCAUAGGCAAGGACCCAGGGACUGUCCCCACUGAGCCUGAACCAGGAGGUUAGGUGCCCCCAAGCCUCACCUGGGUCUCUUUUUUUCCCCCAGGUCUUCAAGCAGCUCAGCGUGGUAAGCUCUGGGGAAAGAUGUGGGGACAUGGAGGCUGGAUCUUACUUGGGUCUGGGUCAGGCGUGGGGUGGAGGCAGGACAGGGGUCAGCAGUCUGUCUGACCCAUCCCUCUCCACAGUCUGUGGGCAGCGUGGCCCUGGCCCCCCGAAGCCUCAGGAGGGCAACACAGCACCUGGUGAAUGGCCCUGGCAGGCCAGUGUGAGGAGGCAGGGAGUCCACAUCUGCAGUGGCUCCCUUGUGGCAGACACCUGGGUUCUCACCGCUGCCCACUGCUUUGAAAAGGCAGCAUCGACAGAACUGAGCUCCUGGUCCGUUGUCCUUGGUUCUCUGCAGCGUGAGGGGUUAAGCCCAGGGGCUGAGGAGGUGGGGGUGGCUGCCCUACAGUUGCCCAAGGCCUAUAACCACUACAGCCAGGGCUCAGACCUGGCCCUGCUUCAGCUUGCCCACCCCACAGCCCACACACCCCUCUGCCUACCCCAACCUGGGCAUCGCUUCCCCUUUGGAGCCUCUUGCUGGGCCACUGGCUGGGAUCAAGACACCAGUGAUGCUCCCAGGACCCUACGGAAUUUGCGCCUGCAUCUAAUCAGCCGUCCCACGUGUAACUGUCUCUACAACCGGCUGCAUCAGCGGCUCCUGGCUAGCCCAGCUAGGCCGGGAAUGCUGUGUGGGGGUGCUCAGCCUGGGGUGCAGGGGCCCUGUCAGGGAGAUUCUGGAGGUCCUGUGCUGUGCCGUGAGCCUGAUGGACAUUGGGUUCAGGCAGGGAUCAUCAGCUUUGCAUCAAGAUGUGCUCAGGAGGACAAUCCUGUGCUGCUGACCGACAUAGCUGCUCAUAGCUCCUGGCUGCAGGCUCAUGCUCAGGGGGCAGCCUUCCUGGCCCAGAACCCAGGGACUGUGGAGACCAGUGAUGAGGACAGCUGUGUAGCCUGUGGAUCCUUGAGGACCAAUGGUCCCCAGGCAGGAACCCCCUCCCAGUGGCCCUGGGAUGCCAGGCUGAAGCACCAGGGGAGACUGGCCUGUGGCGGAGCCCUUGUGUCAGAGGAGGUGGUGCUGACCGCUGCCCACUGCUUCAUUGGGCGCCAGACCCUAGAGGAGUGGAGUGUAGGGCUAGGGGCUGAAACAGAGGAGCACAGCCUGAAGCAACUCAUCCUCCAUGGGGCCUAUACCCACCCAGAGGGGGGCUAUGAUAUGGCCCUCUUGCUGCUGGCCCAACCUGUGACACUAGGCCCCAAAGUGCGGCCCCUUUGCCUGCCCUACAUUGAUCACCACCUGCCUGAUGGGGAACGUGGCUGGGUCCUGGGGAUGGCCUACCAAGGAGCAGGCAUCAGCUUCCCCCAGUUGGUACCUGUGACUCUUUUGGGGCCAAGAGCCUGCAGUCGUCUGCAUGCAGCCUCUGGAAGUGAUGGUAUCCCCAUUUUGCCAGGGAUGGUGUGUACCAGUGUUGUGGGUGAGCUGCCCCACUGUGAGGGCCUGUCUGGAGCACCACUGGUGCACAAGGUGAGGGGCACAUGGUUCCUGGCUGGUCUACAUAGCUUUGGGGAUGCCUGCCAAGGCCCUGCACAGCCUGCGGUCUUCACAGCACUCCCUGCCUAUGAGGACUGGAUCAGCAGUUUGGACUGGCAGGUCUACUUCGCUGAGGAGCCAGAGCCUGAGAUUGAGGCUGGAAGCUGCCUAGCCAACUGGAGUCAACCAGCCAGCUGUUGACAGGUGACUCUCUAGGCUGUUCACAGGACGCGAGAAAAGUGAGGCAACUCCCACAUCAACUCUUCUGCCCCAGCCUCCACGCCAUGUGUAGUUCCAGUCCCUGAGGCAGCCCAACAGCUCAUCUGGCUAUGGGAAGAGCCUGCCCAAAAUCAGAAGAUGCUCCCACUCUCUGCCCUGCAGGUCAGAGAUGUCACCUGUGGGUCUUCCCACACUCAGCUCUGCUGUCCAAUGCAGGCAUCCCCAGUUUUCCCUAUACUUCAUUCUCUCAGAUACAAUCACACCAGUCAUCUCUUUUGAAAUUUUCUUUUUUUGGGGGGAGCAAUUUUCCAUUUUUUAAACUUAAAUAAAUUGUUACAAAAUAGACUUUAGAAAAUAA